AUGGUGUACCUCAGUAAGUACAAGUCUCACUCGUUCCCGCGCGCCGAUAACGCUGUCUUCGCCCCUUCCAUGUGCGCCCCAAAUUGGAUCUCUCCUCGCGCACUCGAGGAGAUUUAUAUGGGAAGACAACGGAUCACGCCGCGGAGAUCGGCGGUACACUCGCUGCUAUACUGCGCAGGCUUUGAGGCGCGCGACGUCGCGUCUUUGCCAAAAAUCGUCGCAGCUUACGUCAAGUUACUUUAUGUAGUCGAUCUUCGAACGAUACAGAUCUCGGACGAUCGCGAUCGGUGUAUAAAUGUUUAUUGGCUACGAUGCUAUCGGAUGCGGCAUCUGUACGCCGUGCAGGUGAAUACGGGGGGCGCCGGGGCGAGUCGCGCCACCAGGACAAUUGAGCGCGGGAAAAUAUGCAUCGUAAUUAUAUCGAAUCAGGCGGGCCGUCUGUCCGCGUGUCAAUCAAAACGAGACGUGGCACUGAUGCGGAUUGAUUGGAUCCAGUCUAGA